AUUCAAUCGACAUUAGUCCUGAAACAGACGCGGUGACCACAGCAGCGCUGGGACGCCGAGGAGGGGGGAGUCUGCCUGAUUUCUUUCCGUGUCACGCAGGAACACGACACCGGCAGCCCAGGGGAGACUAAACCAUGUCGUCGCCGGGGAUGGACGAAGCAUCCUCUAUCCAGUUAUGCAGUGGCAGUGAGGCUUCCAGAGAGAACAGAGUCAAGCAAGGUCUGAAGAUGGAUUGUAAAGAGGCAGCAGAUGAAGUGGACAAAACAGUAGCAGCGAUGGAAAAACGAAAGACUAGUCAAAGUCAACCAGGCUGCAGGGACGACUGUAAAGAUGUGGGAGCUGGAUGUGAGCUGGUAAAGAAAUUCCAACUCAGCAGGGUUAUGCUGCCAGAUGACGCCAAUGUUAUGGGUAACGUUCACGGCGGCAAAAUCCUCAAGAUGAUCGAAGAAGCUGGAAGCAUCGUCGGCACGAGACACUGCAACACACAGAAUGGAGACCGAUGUAUAGCAGCUCUGGUUCGAGUGGAGAAGACAGAGUUUCUGUCGCCCGUGUUCAUCGGGGAGGUGGUCCACGUUUCCGCCGAGAUCAGUUACACGUCCAAGCACUCGCUGGAGGUUCAGGUCAAAGUCAUCGCUGAAAACAUCUUGACAGGUGCAAAAAAGCUGGCCAACAAGGCAGCGCUGUGGUACGUCCCCUGUUCUCUGCAAAAUGUUGACAAGAUCAUGGAGGUGCCUCCUAUUGAGUACGCUAGUGCAGAGAAGGAAGAAGAAGGCAGAAAGCGCUACGAAGCACAGAAAAUUGAGAGAAUGGAAACCAAAGCGAGGGUUGAGGAGGUGAUGCCGCCUCGACCAAACUCAGAGGAGGCAGCAAAGGAAAGGCACACAGUCGGCUUCAGCCAGUCCAGCCUGAUCCAUUUGGUGGGGCCUUCAGACUGCACGCUAGAUGGCUUUGUUUAUGGUGGUGUAGCCAUGAAGCUGAUGGACGAGGUUGCUGGAAUUGUUGCCGCUCGGCACUGCAACACAAACAUCGUCACUGCUUCUGUGGAUGCCAUCAACUUUCAUCGCAAAAUUAGAAAAGGUUGCGUGUUGACGGUGACGGGCCGGCUCACGUUUGUCAGCAACAGGUCUAUGGAAAUAGAAGUGCUGGUGGAUGCCGAUUCGCUGGUGGAGAGGCAGAUAGAGAAAUAUCGUGCGGUCUCAGCCUUCUUCACCUUCAUCUCGCUCGACAAGGAAAAUAAACCACUGAAUGUCCCGCCUCUAAAGAUUGAAGGAGACGAUGAGCAGAAACGUUUUGAAGAGGGCAAGUCACGUUACCUCCAGAACAAAGCAAGGAGACUUGCUGAAAAAGAGCGUCAGCAGUGACACUGUGGCUCAGCAGAAUCAAAACCCACACAGUACACACACGUUAUGAUGGAGUUAAUGCCUCUCUGUUAUUGUAGCCUGUUAAACCGCAUUCUGUGACCCUGUUUUGCAGCAGCGCUACUCACCAAAGUGUUUCCAUACAUUGUGCAAUAUCAAUGUAAAAGUAAUAGUACUUUUUUUAAGUUUAGGGAGAGUUUUAUGACUGUACUGUAUGUAAAAUCUAUUUAUUAUUACUGUUUGUAUUAACUGACAGUGGGAUUGUAGAAAUACCAUAUUGUUUUGCAGGAAUAUCUCUAACUAUACAUAUUUGGCUUUGAUGUCAGCCCAAAGUAAUACUGAGAGUGAAAGGAAAAUGAUUAAUAAGUGAGUGAAUAAUAAAAAUAAAAAAAAAAGA